UCCGCACUGGGUGGAGGAUACGGAGGGCAGCUGUCAGUCAUCCCAUCCUGCUGAGUCAGUUUGUGUGACAGCUUCGUUGCUGUUGGAUUAAUCUCAGUAGACCAGGAAAUUGUGGAUCCUGGGAGGUUGUACUUUAGCUGAACAGCCUCCUGUUCACUAAAUUAAGUUUUGCAGUUUAUCCAGACUUGCAUUCGCUGCAUGCUCUUGCUACCGGCGCCACCUAAUCCAAUUCCCAGCCUUAGAUGGAUACAUACCUUUGGCUGUAGAGGUGCAGACUGUUGGGCUGUCCAGUGAAGCAAUCCCGCCAUGCGUGAAUACAAGCUAGUGGUGUUAGGCUCUGGAGGUGUGGGCAAGUCUGCUUUGACAGUUCAGUUUGUACAAGGAAUCUUUGUGGAAAAAUAUGACCCUACAAUAGAAGACUCAUACAGAAAGCAAGUGGAGGUAGAUGGACAGCAAUGUAUGCUUGAAAUUCUUGACACAGCCGGCACAGAACAGUUCACAGCUAUGAGGGACUUGUACAUGAAGAAUGGCCAAGGCUUUGCCCUGGUAUACUCCAUCACAGCACAGUCCACCUUCAACGACCUCCAAGACCUGAGAGAACAGAUUCUACGAGUAAAGGACACAGAGGAUGUGCCGAUGAUCCUUGUAGGGAACAAGUGCGACCUGGAGGAUGAGCGUGUGGUGGGGAAGGAGCAAGGCCAGAACCUGGCCAGACAGUGGAACCACUGUGCCUUUUUAGAGUCCUCUGCUAAGUCAAAGAUCAACGUCCUUGAUAUCUUCUAUGACUUGGUCAGACAGAUAAAUAGGAAAACGCCAGUGGAAAAGAAGAAGGCAAAAAAGAAAUCCAACUGUGUCCUGCUUUAAAGACCUUUCUCCCUUCAGCCCCUGCAGCAGCUCUGAGCCAGAAAUGCUGUAAUGAAGAACUGUUGCCCUGAUUGGAACGUGCCAGCAUUCCAACAGCCCCGACCCUACCCUUCCUCCAUCAGCCAUAAACGGUGAAUCAGCUGACUGAACUGCUCCUAUCAAAGAUGAGGAUGAUCUACACCAGAGAGAAUGAAAAGAGAAAGACAGUAAGAGAGAGUAGACUCUGGUCUCUCGCCUCCGAGGACCUUCCUCUGUCUCAGUUUGAGUGUGAACGCUGAACGGGAAGCGUCCACCUCUGCACCAACAACAGCACCACAAACUGACGAUGUUCUGAUUAAAAUGCAGCAAAGCCUCUGAAAGUAAAAAAAAAAAAAAAAAAAAA